UCACACGAAGGUCGGGUUCUAGUAAUGACAACUAACCACGACGAAAAACUUGACCCUGUGCUGAUCCGCCCAGGUCACGUAGACCACAAGGUGAAAUUCGAGAACGCAACCCAGAAACAAAUCGAAGAGCUGUUUGAAAGGAUGUAUACCAGCUCCACGAAGGCGGUCCCCAACCUCAAUUCAAACGGAACUGCUACUGGCAUCCCUGCCAGCAGUGUUGCUAAACCUGGCGAAGAGAAGUUGGGUGCGGAGGAGUUAAGUCGUAUCGCAGGAGAAUUCGCAAAGAAAGUUCCGGGUGGUGUGUUCUCUCCCGCCGAGAUCCAGGGGUUUUUGUUGAAGCGGAAGAAGGAGCCGAGGAAGGCCCUGGAUGAGGUGGAGGGCUGGGUGGAGGGCGAA